AUGGCUCCUAGCCUUGCCGGAAAUUUCGUUCCCAGCUCCAUUGCGAUGAAAAAAGUUGAUCUGACGCUUUUCCAGGCGCUGCCUCGAUGUCUUCUUGCUGUUGGGGUAACCGGAUGCGUUGAAUGGCUGGUUGAAGACGUGGAAGACUCCCUCGUUCAGGAAACAUUGCGUCAGAAGGGCUGCCGUGGUAAUGCUGUUAUUCCUUUGAAGGAAACAGAAUUUAUCAUGCCCGGUUUCAUCGAUACACAUACCCAUGCACCUCAGUUUCCGAACAUUGGCAGCGGACAGCAAUAUGAACUGCUAGACUGGCUUUCCAACGUCACCUUUCCUGUGGAGGCGAAAUUCGCGGAUCUUGACUUCGCACAACGUACCUACUCCUCGGUUGUAUAUCGAAUCAUUAAUAAUGGAACUACAACUUGUUGUUACUACGGAACACUACACCUUGAAGCCACGAAGCUUCUGGCGGAUAUAAUCAAAUCUUACGGUCAGCGUGCGUUCGUGGGGAAAUGCAGCAUGGACAGAAACUUCCAUCCUGCAGAAGCCUCUAUUGAUGCGACGGAAUCACUUAUAGCCCAUAUUCGGUCUCUGAAUCCUGACCAUACACAGGAACCUCUCGUACAACCGAUCCUGACACCACGAUUCGCAAUAUCCCUAAGAAUACAGACACAUAUAUCAGAAAAUCAAUCUGAAAUCGAAUUCACCAAGGAAUUAUUUCCUGACUGUUCUUCUUAUGCGCAUGUUUAUGAUUCCUUCGGAUUGUUGCGCUCCAACACCGUCUUGGCGCACGCCCGGGGAUCAGUCCACUGUCCAACCAGCAAUUUCAAUUUGAGUAGCGGUGUCGCGCCAAUCGGAGAGUUCUUAGGACAGAGGCAUAAAGGUUUGUCUUGUUCUUCAAGGAGAAUGACGGUCGGCCUCGGCACCGACGUUUCAGGCGGAUACUCCCCAUCCAUCCUCAGUAGCGUACAAAGCGCUAGUAUCGCCGCUAAAGUGAUCGCCAUGAAAGCCAAAGAAUCGAAGCCGAUGUCAGGAAACUUCAGUGAUCGACAGCUUUCCGUCGCGACACUGUUGUAUCUCGCGACGCUCGGCGGAGCUGACGUUUGUGAUCUGAACGAACGUGUCGGGUCGUUUUCUGCUGGAAAGUCAUUUGACGCAUUGAUCGUUAAUGUUUCUGCCAAGGGUGACAUCCCUUCUAUUUGGGAUUCAGGAGCGGAAAAGAAAGGGAAAGCGGUCCUUGAGGGCAUGUUGGAGAGAUUCCUGUUUUGUGGAGACGACAGAAAUAUUGCGAGAGUGUUUAUUCAAGGUAAACUUGUUGGAGGCACAGAGUUUUAA